AUGCUUCCUAAAGGACUAACUUUUGAUAUUAUACACGAAUGUUCAGUGUCAAAAGCAAGAGCAGGUCUUCUUACACUAUCACAUGGAAGUGUUGAAACUCCCGUAUUUAUGCCAGUUGGCACACAAGCAACAUUAAAAGGUAUCACACCUCAACAACUAGGACAUCUUGGUUGUCGACUUAUGCUUAACAAUACAUACCAUCUCGGUCUUCGUCCAGGACAAUCGGUUCUUGAUAUGAUAGGUGGAGCUCACGUAUUUCAAGGAUGGCCUCAUAAUCUAUUAACAGAUAGCGGAGGUUUUCAAAUGGUUUCCCUUUUAAAACUAUCUCGAGUUACAGAAGAAGGAGUUGAAUUCCAUAGUCCUCAUGAUGGAUCUGUUAUGCUUCUUACACCAGAACAUUCUAUUUCUUUACAAAAUAGUAUUGGUUCAGAUAUCAUAAUGCAGUUGGACGACGUUGUUCAUUCUCUUAGCCCUUUAGAAAGAGUGAAAGAAGCAAUGUGGAGAACUAUACGCUGGCUCGAUCGUUGUAUUGCAGCAAAUAAAUAUCCAGAAAAACAAAGUCUUUAUGGAAUUGUCCAAGGAGGGCUUGAUGAAGAAUUAAGGACAACAUCUUGCUUAGAAAUUAUAAAAAGAGAAACACCUGGAAUAGCUAUAGGCGGACUAAGCGGUGGCGAAGAAAAAUCUCAAAUGUAUAAAAUUGUUUCAAUCUGUACAAAUUUAUUACCUUCCAACAAACCAAGAUAUCUAAUGGGAGUUGGCUACACAGAAGAUCUCAUUGUUAAUGUCGCACUAGGAAUUGAUCAAUUUGAUUGUGUAUAUCCUACACGAACAGCACGUUUUGGUAAUGCACUUACACCAUACGGUGUUUUAAAUCUUCGUAAUAAAUGUUUCGCAAACGAUUAUAAUCCUAUCGAUAGAGAUUGUAAAUGUCCUUGUUGUAAAUCCGAUGAAUGGGGAAUAACAAGAGCGUAUAUUCACCAUAUUGUAUGCAAAGAAACAGUUUUUGCUCAUCUACUAACGAUUCACAAUGUUCACUAUCAAUUAAACUUAAUGAAGGAAAUAAGAAAUGCAAUUAUUCAUGACCAAUUCCCUACUUUUGUCAAAAAAGCGUUCAAUCGUUUAUAUUCUAAAAGAAAAAAGGAUUACCCCAAAUGGGCGAUUGAUUCUUUAAAUACUGUAAAUAUAAACUUACUAGAGUAA